CUAUGCACAGAGAUAUAUUCUAUAAUUCAGUUGAAGUUGAAAAAGAAACAACGUAAAAAAGUACAUUCGACAAUUAUAGACCAUUUGACAAUUUUUACAAAAGUUACAAUAAUAUUUUUUAGAAAAUAUUUGAUUGCAACUGCGUUUUUAUUCAAUUUCAAGAGCACAGAUCUUUCAGCACAGCUACAAAAUGAUUUCACGACAGAAAGUUAUAAUUGGAGGUUUGAAACAGUUUCAAUUUUUCCGUCAAAUACAGCGUCAUUCAAGUCAUACAACAUCCCCUGUUAAGAGAAUUGCUGCACAUCCAACAUUUAGUUGUCCAUAUUUGGGAUCACUUCCGGUUCAACAAGAUGACUACUGCAAAGAUUUUUAUAUGGAGAUAGUAAAUGGCAGUUUAGAAUCUGCCUACAAGAAAUAUGGCCCUAGUACAUGUUUGGAAGGAAAUCAAGUUAAACAAGGAUUAUCAGGAAAAUCUGUUCUGAUUAUUGGAGCUGGUGUGUCUGGACUUUCAGCAGCUUUUGAAUUGGAAAAAGUUGGACACAGUACACAAAUACUUGAGUUGCAACACAGAGUAGGCGGAAGAACAAAGACUCUUCGUGGUGGAUUCUCAGAUGGCCUGCAUGCUGAAGGUGGAGCAAUGAGAAUUCCACCAAAUCACUACCUGACGAAUGGGUACAUACAGAAAUUCGGCAUCCCUGUCCGCCCCUUCAUCAACUCAAACGAUAAUACCUGGCUUUACCUCGAUGGAGAAGGUAAAAUCCGAACAAAAGAAUGGAAUAAAAACAAUCAAUUUUACUCAACGAAGUUUUUUCCUGGAUGGGACUCUCACCUGCAAUCUGAUAUACGUCCAAAUGUAGACGGCAUAAUGGAUUUAUAUAAGCGUACAAUUGAACCCGUAAAAGAGGAUUUGUUUUCCCUGAUCAAAGAAAAGGGGCCACAGGAAGGUUGGAAAUGUUGGGUAGAAAAGUGGAGCAAGUUAUCUGUAGAUGAUUUUCUCAGAACAAAUAUAAACUCUGACUUAUGCUCUGCUUAUCGACCAUGGCCAGAAGCAGCUAUAAGAGGAUUGCAGAUUUCAACAUACAGCCCUGCCUUUGGAACAAGUUUAGUUGAAUACCUAAGAGAUGAUUUAGGUGAAUGGUGGACAGAUCGUCUUCAUACCCCAGUCGAUGGUAUGGAUACCAUAGCCAAGAAUUUUAUUAAACCUCAACACACAAGUAUAGAAAACACCACUGAUUUAGCAAAACGAAUAAAAUUUGGUGCUAAUGUACGAAGCGUCAAAAGAAACCUGGAAAAUAAAGUUGAAGUAACUGCACGUAAUGUCGUGACAGGGACAGAUCAUAUUUACACAGCCGAUGCCGUUAUUAUUACAGUUCCAUUGACAAUACUCCGACAGAUGGACAUAGACCUUGCAGAGGAUUGUCGUAAAGCUAUAGGUAACAUCCAUUAUCAACCAUCAACCAAAGUGGUUCUUCAGUGCAAGAGCAGAUUCUGGGAGAAAGAAGUUGGUCAAGGAGGAUUCUCCAAAACUGAUUUACCAAUUGGACAGUUACACUACCCCAGUCCUAAUGAUCCACGUAUACCAAACGGGAGAGGUCUUUUGGUUUGCUAUACAUGGGAGCAAGAUGCCUUGAUCUUUGGGUCACAAUCAGAAACUGAAGCAGUUGAAAGUGCAGUUCGAGAAAUCACUAAAAUACAUCCUGAAAUGAAGAAUGAAUUUGAGGUUGGAAUGGUUCAAGCGUGGUUCAAUGAUAAUUCAGCACAAGGAGCGUACGCCAGUCUCCUACCAAACCAAUAUAACAGUGGAAUGAAAACUCUGAUGACACCAGAUCAUCCUAUCUAUCUCGCUGGUGAAGCUAUAUCAUACACCAACGGGUGGAUACAAGGGGCCAUAGAAUCUGGCCUUAAUGCUGCUUAUCAUCUGUACUGCAAUGGUCAAAAAUCAUAAAUGCAUAACUUUCUAUGCUUCAUGUAUAUUUAUAACUAAAUUUAAAAUGUUAUGAGAACACUAUCAGAUGUCAGUGUACUUAUUAUUGUCAUAUAAUAUAAAUGUUGUUAAUCAAUCAUUCAUACUUUUACAUUUAGUUGGAAUAAAAAUGUGCUAGUUUACCACAACACUUAAGUGUGGAAUAACUCAUACGUUAAAAUCCAGUAUGCGAUAUGAGCACUGCAUUUACAUAAUUCUCAGCAGGGCCCCAAACCAGAACAGUUAUAAAAUCGAACAGCAUUGAAAGCGAUAAAUUCCAAAACAAGUAAGCCAAUUCUAGUUGAGACUAUAUAUGCCUGAGAGUAGAUAAACCAGCGUGUUUCGAAUACUUGUGACAUUUCAUUAACAAUAAAACAGAAAAUGAUUUA